UAGUGUAUCUACUCUCUGCAGACUUAAUUGUUCCCUUUCUAAAAAUGUUUUUGAAAUUUUAGAUGUUUUUUAGAAGUUAUAGAUGAGUGAAAGAAUGCAGACAUAUUGCUGUGAUAUUUGUGAUUUUAUUUUGGUUUUCAUACUUUUAUUCUUAGGAAUAUCACAAUGGAGGACAAUUACAACAUGAUCAAAGAGAAAAACUACAGCAGUGAAGAGAUUGAAUAUCUUUGUGAUUUUUUUGACUUCUCAGUCAUUAAUGGAGUCUUCCUAAUCUUGAUCUUCAUCAUCAGUGUGAUAGGAAACAGUCUCCUCAUACGCAUUCUUGUCAACCAUGAAAACCUGAAAAAUGUCACUAAUGUUUUCGUACUGAACCUGGCCUGCUCUGACUUGAUCUUCACUUUUACGCUUCCAUUUUGGGCCACCUAUCACCUCCACCACUGGAUCUUUAGUGACUUUUUAUGCAAAUUCAUAACUUGGGCUUACUUUUUUGGUCUCUACAGCAGCGUCUUUAUACUGACUGCCAUGACUGUAGAUCGAUUCAUCAUAGUGGUGCUGCACAACUGGCCGAACAACCAUCUCAGGCAAAGGAAGUGUGCAAUGGGUGCCUGUACUGCUGCUUGGGUCAUUAGUUUUGUUACAUCGCUCAUUGAUGCCAUGAAAAUGAAGGUGGAUCACUGGUCUGGUGAUUUAGUGUGUGAUGCUUCUCCUGACAUUGAUGUAGGAUAUUAUGUUCAGUUGUCAUUACUUUUCUUCCUCCCAUUUGCCAUCAAUAUUUUCUUCAAUUGUGCCAUUAUUAAGACAGUUUUAAAGGCUUCAAACAAAAAUAAGCAAAGGGCCAUAGCUAUGGUAUUGUGUGUUGUUACAGCAUUCUUCAUUUGCUGGGGACCCUAUAAUAUUUUACUUUUGAUUAUGUCUUUCUAUGAACCUACAGCCUGCAAGUCACUAAAACAACUGGACAUUGCUUACAAUAUUUGUCGCAUGCUUGCCUUCUCCCACUGCUGUUUAAACCCGCUGCUCUAUAUGCUCUCACAAAAGUUGCGAAAACAUUUCUGUCAUCUUUUAUCCUGUGAGACUGUUUGUUGGAAGAACAGGCAGAAUAGCAGCAGACAGAACAUCUCUGUUAAUCAGAAUAUUGCUUUUACAGCACAAACCUCAGCUGUGAUGUUGGAAUUGCACAACACAUAGACUGCCACGUUAAAAUGUAGGACUGUUCCAGUGUCAAUGAUCCUUAAGAAUGUAAUACUUUGUUCUGAGAAAUUUCAGGCAUUCUUCUGUAAAUCCAUAACUUUCUCAAAUACCCACAGUCCUUUUCACAACCAAGAUGCUUCAGACAGAAGAUGGAUUGUUAUCAGUACAAUGUGUUAAUAUGUUUGUUUUCAUUGCAUUUGUGUCACCAGACAACAGGCAGUCUGUUUUUGCAUUGUAAUGUGUUCAAUCCAAGGACAACAAAGUAUGCAUUGGAGAAUUAAAAGCUCUUAGAUCAUCAUGUGGACCAUAUAAAUGUUUCAGCUGAUCUGUGUAGUGUGUGAUGGACGGUCCGUUUGACAGAACUGCUGCAAUGUGGAUUUUUAUACACAAUGAAGGACUCUCUUCAAGCCUAAAAGAGACAUGACCUACUCAGCAAGCAGUAUUGAUAUACUUCCUAAUGAGUCUGACUUAACUCUGUAAAUGCUUUUGUGUAAUAAGCUGAAACAGGACUGAAGCUAUAAAUGAAUUACAAAUAAACAUCUAAGCAAAUUAUUUGACUUGAUGCUUUGUUUAAUGUACACAUCUAUAGCUACUGAGGUUAUUGUGUUUCACAUGGACUUUUAUUACUGUUUUUACAUGCUUAUGUUACACCUGCAGCAGACCUGAUUUAGUGGUGCAAUGCAGAAAGAUGUAGAAAAAGCAGGAAACAAAUAAAAAAAAAGAUAAAAAUGUCUAUACUGUCUAUACUGGUAGGUCCUUAAAAAAACAACAACAAAAAAAAAAAAAAAACAAACAAAAAAAUAAAUAAAAUAAAAUAUUGUAAAAUAUUACAAUUUAU